AUUUGAAGGGGAAGAUAGGAAGCUGAACACAUGCCUUAAGUUUGCGUUAUUUCUUACGCUAGUUGGAGCUAAUACGUGCCGGUAGCCGAGGCUUCUGAAAGACUAGGUAAGACGGUUCAAAAUGGGAGAUAAUGGCCUCAUUCUCUUACCAGUACCUUUCAGGCUUUAAGCAACAUGCUGCUUUACUCUAUUAUCGUUACCCUUACCAUCUUCUCUCUUGCGGCAAUGGCUCUUCUUACUGCUAGAGAUGCGAUCCACGCCGACGACCUUGAACGUUACGAUGAAGUCAUGAAGACAGUUGCCGGCAAUCAGAUUCUUAACUUUUACCUGAAGAAUCAAGUAGUCAAGCUCGAUAUACAUGAAUACCCAACUGAACAGAUUGUCGAGUCUGAGGUGUUCAAGCCAAGCCUAGAUGCCGAUGCAUACUUUAAACAGGAGGCUGAACUAGCAAAAAAGUUUCUUCAACAACAUUCUGGGGGGGGGGACAAUGUAAAUUGAAGUGAACUUGCGAGAGGAAUACUGCCUCCAGCCACAGUGGUUCGGGGUUCGCACUGUCAUUAUGUUAUCAGGGCUGCCAGUAACAAUUCUCAGAUGUCAAGUAUGAGUUGCAUCAUGUAGUGCGAUACGCUUAGAAAUACAUGCUACAUACCCCAAAGAGCCUUGCAUACUUCAAUCGUGCAGCUUGUCAUGCGUAAGGUGGAUGACCCCUGCGAAAUUUACAGGCCC